AUUUUCCCGAAACCGUGCGAGGGAAGCGUAGCUUCGAUUAGAAGGCGCCCCCCUCAACCGAAAAGAGAGCUCAUCGGAGUGCAAAAACCGCCGGCGACGGCGGCGGCGGCGCCCGCCGUUUUGGCAACCGACCGCGCCGAUCUGCUGUACGGAGCAUUGCUCGAUCCGCGAGAGGCGUCUCUUCCCGAUGGCCCUUCGUCUCCCUGCGAACGCCGGAACCUCAGCUCCGUCGACGACGACGACGACGGAGGUGUGCGCCGUUCUAGCGAUCGACCACGCCAACCUGCUGUACAGGGCGUGCUCCAUCUGCGAGAGGUCGCUUCCCGACGACCCUUCUUCGCUCUGCAAGUACUGCAACCCCAGCUCCUUCGACCCGGGCUCUCCCCGUUCCAAGCGCCUCUUUCGUCUCCUCAUGUCCAUAGCGACCGACAAGAAGGUUUUCACGGUGAUAUGCUUCGACCGGGUUGCGAGGAUCAUGUUCGGGACGAGUGCUGAUGAGUUCUUCGAUUUUGCCAAGCUUCAUCCCUUUGCUGCUGCUGCAGCGGCUAGAAUAUUGGAAGGAGAGUUGUUCAGGAUGACACUGUCCAAGCCUCAGAGUGGUAAUGCCCAGCACUUACGAGUGACGUCGCUUGUGCCCAUGAGGUCCGGAUACCAGCCAGUGAUUGAGGGCUUGAGAGAACUGUACAGAGCAAAAGCUGCUUGAAUGUACAUUAUCUGCAUCCUCCUGAAACUUCUAGCAUUGUCAUUUCACGAGAGUCGCUGUUAUAUGUCAUCCACUAGAUGGAUGUGAUGCUAUGGGUUCAGCUUCAGACACUGUAUGUAGAUGUUUGUGAAUGCCGAGGGAUAUUCCAGAUUAUUGAUUGUCUAGAUUUGGAGGAGUUAUGGCAUUCGUGCACUGCUGUGGUAUAAGUAAACUUUGCAAAUUGGCAUAACAUUUGUUCGUGUUCGGAUGGGCAUUGUAGUGGUUUGAAAACCUA